AUGGUAGAUAGUCAGUUGAACAUAAUCUCCCAGUAUGAAGUUGUGGCCAAAAGGGCUGAGAUGAUCCUUGGAGGCAUAAACAGAAGGAUCUUGAAUAAGAUGAAAAAGCACAAGAAGUUUCUUCUGGACAUACUGAUCAGGGCCUUAAAUGACACUUUCAGUUCUGAAGUCAUUGGUGAGAGCAUGAAGGCACUGGCCAAAGUCCUGAAGGAGCUGACGGAGAAGGACAUAGCUUCUUCCUUCAGAGACCUCACCCCAGAGGAUGAUGCUCUUCGUUCAUUGGCCUUUGUCCUGUUUGGCAUCCUGGCCCACUUGACAAAGAGAAAAUGGAAGGCCUAUUUCACUGAUCAGGUUAGACAGAGCUGGGUCACACUUCUGCUGCACCUGCAAGACCCAAACCCCGAGGUUUCAAUGGUAAAACCGACAGUGACUUAUUUACUAAGGAAAAGGAAUCUUCCUCCCAAUGCCAGGGGAGCUCUGCUAUUCCUGCCUGCUGUGGAGGCCCAAAUUCUCCCCUCAGUUCAUUACCUGCCCACUGAGUUAAUUCCAGCCAGACUGGUCUAUGGCUGCCUCACCAGAGUCCAGGAUAGGUCAUGGGUCUGACCCCGACAGGUCUCUGUUCCUGUCUCUCUGCACCCUGCCUCUCUAGAACAGAGGAGAGACCACAGCUCUGCCUGGUGAAGCAGCUUUCAUAGAUAUAUCUGUUCCAAAAAGACAUUGAUGCUACCUCCAGGUUUCAGUGGAAGCUCUCCCCCCAUUAGUCAUUCCUGCAUGUUUUCUGCCAAUUACAUCCAGGUGAAUCCCUUUUUAUCCUGAACUAGAUGAGCAGUCAAGGAGAUUAGUUCCAUUUGAAUGAACAUAGCACUUGGUAGGGAACAAUUAAAUGG